AUGGACUUCUUCCCCGACCGGGCGUUCGUGCGGCUGCGGAACCGCGCGUACGGCACGUACCUCUACGCCGACGACGACGGCGCGGGCGUCAUCCUGAAGCCGCAGCGCGGCUCCCUGCAAACGGCGUGGCAGGUGCACCGGGUAUGGCGCCACGACCGCAUCUACAUCCUCCUCCACAGCGCCGCCUACGGCCGGUACCUCGCCGUCUCGCGCGUCACGACGUGGGUCGACACCCGUCACCAUGCGAACCUCACGGUCCAGGGCGUCUACGAGACCCCGGAGCAGGACGACGUCCUCUGGGAGGCUGCCUAUGUGGACAACGUCCACGUCGUCAUGCUCCAAGCCUCUCACCGUCUUCUCCGCGCCAGCACCCAGAACACCACCUUCUUCAGAUACGUCUUCGUCGAUCACCCCGGCCAUUAUUACGGCACCAUGAUGCAUUGGACGGUCGAGGCCAUUCCCGCGAGACCACUACCAUGUCCAUCCGCCUUUCCCAUCCCAGUCCCAACUGACCAGAGUGCCACUUCUGCUCGUAUGAUCUUCUACAGACGAGCAGAUGAUUACGGGAACGUCAACCCGCUCUCCAGGAGCAGAUGCAAAUUCUUCGGCUAUUCAUUGUUGCGACUGAGAGCCCACCUAGCGAUGCUGCUCAAGGAACCGAUCCACCGCAUCACGUUAUGUGUGCGAGCCGGUUCCCAAGGGCGACCGACCCCUUUGGUCAUCGAUCUGCCUUCCAACCAUCAAAACAUAGAGAUCAUUGUCCUCACCACCUUGUCACCAGGUUCUCUUGGGAUCUCAGUCUUUAUCACAGAUUGUAAUGUAAAAGUAUAUACCAAAUGCAACAAUUAUUGGAUUCAUUAACCACCUGCGGCUUUGGCAUUGUGUCACCCAGAUGUUGAUGCACAAUAGAAGAAUACAGAACGAAGCAGGACUUCUAACAACACCACGGUUCAUCUCUUCAGAAUCCACCUAUUGCUGUUACGAAUACCAUGGGUGAACGAUUUUAAACAGUUUCAUUGUUUGUAAUUGCCAACUACGUAUCUAAAGGUGAUAACAAGAAUUGGCUCCUUUCUGAAA